UCUGCUAUCUGCUAUCCUACUUUAGAUGGCAAGCUGUGGAAUACUCUUCAAUUCAUCCAUCUUCAACAAGGUAAAGAAAUUUUUGUUGUAUCAUAAACCUGUUGUUCUGAGAUCAAGAUUCUCGAAUUUGAUAGUUCAUCAAAGCCAAAAAAUCAGAACGUUCAUGGAAAUGGAAGGAAACGGUGCUUCAGUGUCAGAUGAUGCGUCGAAACCAAAGAUACCUCAUGUGUUGACUGUUGCCGGGUCUGAUUCGGGUGCUGGCGCUGGAAUACAAGCCGAUAUUAAGGCCUGUGCUGCGCGUGGAGUGUAUUGUUCCACUGUGAUCACUGCUGUUACUGCACAAAACACUGUUGGAGUUCAGGGUGUAAACAUUGUUCCUCAGGAUUUUGUUGCUGAGCAGUUGAAGUCUGUGCUUUCUGAUAUGCAAGUUGAUGUGGUGAAAACAGGCAUGCUACCUUCUAUUGAUAUAGUCAAGAUUCUUAAUCAGAGUCUUAGGAAGUUUCCUGUCAGAGCUUUGGUGGUGGAUCCUGUCAUGGUAUCUACAAGUGGAGAUGUGCUGGCUGGUCCCUCCAUUCUUUCUAGUUUUCGAGAGGAGCUCCUUCCCUUGGCUGACAUAGUAACUCCAAAUAUAAAAGAGGCAUCUGCUUUACUUGGUGGGAUGCCACUUGAAACAGUUGCUGACAUGUGCUCUGCUGCAAAACUUUUGCAUGCUAUAGGUCCCCGGAAUAUACUCGUCAAAGGUGGUGACCUCCCUGACUCUUUGGAUGCUGUUGAUAUUUUCUUUGAUGGCAAAGACUACCAUGAGUUGCGCUCACCUCGCAUAAAAACUCGCAACACCCAUGGUACUGGUUGCACAUUAGCAUCAUGUAUAGCAGCUGAGCUGGCUAAAGGUUCUUCAAUGCUUUCGGCUGUUAAGGUAGCUAAGCGCUAUGUUGAGACUGCCUUGGAGUACAGCAAAGACAUUUUCAUUGGAAAUGGGCGGCAAGGCCCCUUUGAUCACCUAUUAAGGCUUACGAAUAGUAUUCGCUCUGGUCGACAGCAGACAUUCAAUCCAAGUGACCUAUUUUUAUAUGCUGUUACAGACUCUCAGAUGAAUAAAAAGUGGGGACGAUCUAUGGUGGAUGCCAUUAAAGCAGCAAUAGAAGGAGGUGCUACCAUUGUUCAAUUGAGGGAGAAGGAUGCUGAAACAAGGGAGUUCUUGGACAUGGCAAAAGCAUGUCUUGAAAUUUGCCGUUCCCAUGGAGUUCCUCUAUUGAUAGAUGACCGAGUUGAUGUAGCCCUUGCAUGUGAUGCUGAUGGCGUACAUGUUGGUCAUUCUGAUAUGCCUGUUCGUAUUGCCCGCGCUCUUCUUGGCCCUGAAAAGAUAAUUGGUGUAUCAUGCAAAACACCUGAGCAAGCCCAGCAAGCAUGGAUUGAUGGUGCUGAUUACAUAGGUUGUGGUGGUGUAUAUCCAACAAAUACAAAAGCAAACAAUCCAACCCUUGGUUUGGAUGGGUUAAAAGCUGUUUGUAUAGCAUCUAAGUUACCAGUGGUUGCUAUUGGUGGCAUCAAUGCUUCAAAUGCAGGCUGUGUGAUGGAAACUGGAGUGUCAAAUCUGGAAGGCGUUGCAGUUGUUUCAGCUCUAUUUGACAAGGAAAGUGUUCUGGCUGAGACCAGGAAUCUGCAUGCAAUACUGAUGGAGGCAGCAUCCCAGGUGAAGUGAAACAUAUAUGUAGGCUAUUCUUUGCUGGUUAGUCCUUGCAGUUUUCAGUGUUAUACAACGAGUUCUGUGCAUUCGUGGUACAAUUUUAAGUGUUUAUUUCUUCAAAUUUUUUUUAUAUUGAGGCAGAUUUAGUGUCCAACAACUAAAUAACGAAAAAGAAUUCUUAUAAUCAAUCCUAACUAUUAGUAUUAAGACUUAA